AUGAGUCCUGCAGAUGCCCUUGAUGAUGAAAAUACAUUUAAAAUCUUAGUUGCAACAGAUAUUCAUCUGGGAUUUAUGGAGAAAGAUGCAGUCAGAGGAAAUGAUACAUUUGUAACAUUGGAUGAAAUUUUAAGACUUGCCUAGGAAAACGAAGUGGAUUUUAUUUUGUUAGGUGGUGAUCUUUUUCAUGAAAAUAAGCCCUCAAGAAAAACAUUACAUACCUGCCUUGAGUUAUUAAGAAAAUACUGCAUGGGUGAUCGUCCUGUACAGUUUGAAAUUCUCAGCGAUCUCAACUUUGGUUUUAGUAAGUUUUCAUGGGUGAACUACCAAGAUGACAAUCUCAACAUUUCAAUUCCAGUGUUUAGUAUUCAUGGCAAUCAUGAUGAUCCCACAGGGGCAGACGUCCUCUGUGCCCUGGAUAUUUUAAGUUGUGCUGGAUUUGUAAAUCACUUUGGAUGUUCAGUGUCUGUGGAGAAGAUAGACAUUAGUCCAGUUUUGCUCCAAAAAGGAAGCACAAAAAUUGCUCUAUAUGGCUUAGGUUCCAUUCCAGAUGAAAGUCUCUAUCGAAUGUUCAUCAAUAAAAAAGUAACAAUGUUGAGACCAAAAGAAGAUGAGAACUCUUGGUUUAACUUAUUUGUGAUUCAUCAGAACAGGAGUAAACAUGGAAGUACUAACUUCAUUCCAGAACAAUUUUUGGAUGACUUCAUUGAUCUUGUUAUCUGGGGCCAUGAACAUAAGUGUAAAAUAGCUCCAACCAAAAAUGAACAACAACUCUUUUAUAUAUCACAACCUGGAAGUUCAGUGGUUACUUCUCUUUCCCCAGGAGAAGCUGUAAAGAAACAUGUCGGUUUGCUGCGUAUAAAUGGAAGGAAGAUGAAUAUGCAGAAAAUUCCUCUUCACACAGUGCGGCAGUUUUUCAUGGAGGAUAUUGUUCUGGCUGAUCAUCCAGACAUUUUUAACCCAGAUAAUCCUAAAGUAACCCAGGCCAUACAGAGCUUCUGUUUGGAGAAGAUUAAAGAAAUGCUUGAAAAUGCUGAACGAGAACGUCUGGGAAAUUCUCGACAGCCAGAGAAGCCUCUUAUACGACUGCAAGUGGACUAUAGUGGAGGUUUUGAGCCUUUCAGUGUUCUUCGCUCUAGCCAGAAAUUUAUGGAUCGGGUAGCUAAUCCAAAAGAUGUUAUCCAUUUUUUCAGACAUAAAGAACAAAAGAAAAACAUGGGAGAAGAGAUCAGCUUUGGGAAGCUCAUCACAAAAUCUUCAGAAACAACAACCCUAAGAGUAGAAGACCUUGUAAAACAGUAUUUUCAGACUGCAGAGAAGAAUGUGCAGCUCUCACUUCUAACAGAAAGGGGAAUGGGUGAAGCAGUACAAGAAUUUGUGGACAAGGAAGAAAAAGAUGCCAUAGAGGAAUUAGUGAAAUACCAGUUGGAAAAAACACAGCGAUUUCUUAAAGAGCGUCAUAUUGAUGCCCUAGAAGAUAAAAUCGAUGAAGAGGUAUGCCGUUUCAGAGAAAGCAGACAAAAAAACACUAAUGAAGAAGAUGAUGAAGUUCGAGAGGCUAUGACAAGGGCCAGAGCCCUCAGAUCUCAGUCUGAGGACUCUGCUUCUGCCUUUAGUGCUGAGGACCUCAUGAGUAUAGAUUUGGCAGAACAGAUGGCUGAGGACUCUGAUGAAGACAUCACAGCAGCAGCCAGCCGAGGAGGAGGCCAAGGAAGAGGCCGCUGAGGAGGAAGAGGGCAGAACUCAGCCUGGAGAGAGGGGUCUCAGAGAGGAAGAGGCACUGGUCUAGAGACUUCUACUCGAAGCAGAAGUUCAAAGGCCACUAUGUCAACACCUAGUAACAUGUCUAUUAUAGAUGCCUUUAAAUCUGCAAGACAGUAGCAGUCCCGAAAUGUUGCUGCUAAGAAUUAUUCAGAGGUGAUUGAGGUGGAUGAGUCAGAUGUGGAAGAAGACAUUUUUCCUACCACUUCAAAAACAGAACAGAGGUGGUCGAGCACAUCAUCAUCAAGCAAGCGCAUGUCCCAGAGCCGAAUAGCUAAAGGGGUAGAUUUUGAAUCAGAUGAGGAUGACGAUGACGAUCCUUUUAUGAACAUGAGUUCUUUAAGAAGAAACAGAAGAUAAUAUAUUUAAUAUAACUGAAGUUUUCAAG